GAGCCACGGCAGCGCAGAGAACGUCCGUGAUCUGUUUGAGCGUAUGACCAAGGUUGGUAAAGCAUCGAGGAUACGGAGCGUGUUUAAGAAGUGGGCGGAGUGGGAGAGCAGUGUUGGUAACAAGAAGGGUGUAGAGAAGGUCAAAGCACUUGAGGAGGGGUGGAGGGAGAAGAAGGCGGAGAAGGGUGAGGACGCCUAGACAAGGGAGGCAGUAUGCAUUGCAUCGAAGGUGUUUGGCGUAGUUUGAGUAAAAGUCUGUAGUGUUAUGUUGGACUAUAUAUUUAUUCACAUUCCCACUGUUAUCAUACCGAGAUGCCUUUCGUGAUUUUAGUUAAUUUUCAUACGAGGUUCUCGAUGGCUAUUCCACAUGACCAACUCAAGGUAAUCGCUCACCUAGGCAGGCGCAAUGAACGAUGUGAGUUUAGCGUCUUGGCCAUCACCAGCUUACCAGUUUCUACAUUACGUCACUUCUUAUCUCAGGUCCUUCAUUACAGACACUCACCUUGCGCAGAGCGACAGCGACGAUCACACAGAAUCAAUAGGUGUCUUGAUGAUGCUUCAGCUAGACUUGAGCUAGUCAGCAGCCCCACCAUGGACGCGUCCCUGCCCGGACCUCGAGGCCUGUACGCGCCCUUGCCGACAGCAACAUCGAUACGCGUCAUCGAGCUUCACUCACUACAAGACGAUAACGCCCCUAUCAACUGCACGCUUCACCUUACUGAUCUAGAGCGCGAGACCCUGGACUUUCAAGCGUUGUCUUACACUUGGGGCGAUCCGCUGUACCGGUACUGGUUCGAUCGGAAGAAACACACAACUUGGGUGCGAGAUGUACCUAUUGUAUGCAAUGGCGUGUCAGUUGAUGUUACAGUCAAUCUGGAACACGCGCUUAGAGCAAUUUGCACGCGACGUAUGAAUUGCCAUGAGCUCAAACACCAAGUGCAAUACUUGUGGAUUGACAAGUUGUGUAUCAACCAGGACGAUGUCCAGGAGCGGAACACGCAAGUUGGCUUGAUGGCCCAAAUCUACAGCAAAGCUUCCUUAGUCAUCUCGUGGUUAGGCCCAGCGGACAAAGAUAGCGACCAAGCUAUACCACUUAUGCAGCGCCUUAAUAAGUUGCAGUGCUUUGACGACAUGCAAGGACAUCAGCAAUGCUCGAAUUACUCGGACUUCAUGGAGAGAAUUUUGAGUGAGGACGACACUACAGAAAUUGACUCGAUCCCUAAGGAACAGUAUGAGAAACUGACUCGUUUUCUCGCCAGGCAAUAUUUCUUCCGCUGCUGGGUCCUUCAGGAAAUCAUGCUUGCUCGGCGGAUAUGCAUGCUAUGUGGAACGGAGAUUGUGGACUUUUCGGACCUUCAGAGGGUCGCCUUGCUUGUCGCUUGGAUCAAAAAGCAUCAUCUUCAUUAUCCAAUCGGGCAAGCAUUGGACCUUCCUAUCAAACCCAAUCGAAACUUUGAUCAUGAAAAGGCUAUCCUGGAGCUAUUCCAAGACCGAUGGCGGCUGUUAUACAAAACUGAGGUGCAGGAACAGAAACUGCUUUUCACUUUUGAACAACUUCUUACUCUAGCCCGUAUGUCCGGAUGUGCAAACCCCAAAGACAAGAUAUUCGCACUACUAGGCAUCGUACCGCGCGGUGCCUUCGGAAUAAGUGUUGAUUAUAACAAGACGACAGAGCAGGUCUAUAGCGAGGCGAUCCAACGCCUUAUUCAGGAGACGAAAAACCUCAAUUGCUUGAGCUGGGUUACGGAUAGAUCUCUGAGGAGGUUCCCGAAUUCUCCAACCUGGGUCGGAGAAUUUGACGAUAAGGCCGAGCAAUCGGAACUCGCGUUCGCAAGUGUUGGCUACAAUGCCACUUUGGGAUCAAUUUUGGACGUCAUGGACACUGAGCCUGAUAGCAACAGCGUACUUCGAGUUCAAGGUGUUGAAAUUGGCCGGAUUGUGGAGCUAGCUGAGCCAUGGGAAUGGCAUGGUGGACGCUUGAAGUUCGAUCCUCAGUGGGUCACCCUCACACUCAAUCUACCAAAGGUCUACCGACCUACAGGAAAACCACGGGGCGAAACUUUGGUUACUACCCUGGUUGCCAAUCAUGUCGAUCAUCUGCCUCUCGAUCACCAACCCGACAUGGACCAUUUCAAAUACGUGGUGCGGCGACUAACCUGCGCUGCAGUCGUCCGCUACCUCCAUUAUUUAUUCUACUACUCUGAUAGGACGAAGUCCGGGAUAGCUUACAGAGAUAAGGCUUUGCCGUUCCUUCACGACUUAGACAUGUUGUCUGAAGGCGAUAACACUGGCUUCAUCACGUCUUCGGCUGAAGUUCGGCAAGCGGAGCAACAAAGUUGUACUUGUAGUGCGAAUUUGUCGUUUGUCGACAUUAGCAGUGCAUCUCUACCUCGUCCUCCACCUGACUCCGAAUGUCCCUACAUUGCCGACUUCAACCGACCAAAUCCUCGCAGUCAUCCCUACAGAACUUCCAUUAGCGACCGCAUAGCGCGUCUCGGAGCUGCAGCAAGUGAUGCAGACAUCAAGAGAGACUGGAGAGAUCACAACUUUGGUAGAGCAGCUAAUAGACAUGGUCAGUUUCGGCGUUUAGCGAGGACAAACAACGGCUAUCUGGGCCUGGUUUCAACUAGCUGUGAAGUCGGAGACGCAGUGUGGUUGCUGCAGGGCGCCAGCGUUCCUUACGUCUUGCGGGGAACGGGAAAGCUUGCUGGCGAUGAAGGAACAGGGAGCGUGUGGGAAGUGGUCGGUGAUGCUUACGUACACGGUGUUAUGCAAGGGGAGAUAUGGAAAGACGUCAAAGAUCAGCUGGUGGAUAUUGAGCUGGUGUGAAUGCCACUGGGCCUGACCACUACCUCGCCGAUACUCUAUCGCUAUGACUCCUACACGUCGGACCGUCUGACUUCAAGGACGCGACCCUGCGUACUACAAUUCCCUUCGCACAAUCAAGCGAACUUCCAGUUGGUGU